ACGCAGCCUUCGUUUAGGCCUUGCCCUCUGCUGGAACGCGUCAGUGAGUUGAGUUGAACUGCGGUUGUUCAUUUCGUUAGAGUUCUCUCUGAAGGAAACUUGAUUCCUGAAAGUCGCGUAAUACAAUAUAUAAUAAGCAGCUGAGAUAAGGCACAAUUUCUAUUGUUUUUUUCGGGAAAGUUCAGAAAUUAGGUUAAGAAACAUCCUGGCUAGCAUCAGUAACAGCACGCUUGUUGGACAGAACGAAACUAAACCAAUGGCGAUUCCUUUGGCAAUAGACGAGGAUUAUGGUUAUGUCAUUAUAGUUGGCGUCUUAGGCGUCUUUUUUGGAUGGCUCUUGGGUGUGAAUGUGUUUUUUGCAAGAAGAUACUUUGACAUAAAGUAUCCUGUCAUGUUCAGUGAAACGAAUAUGAAGUUCAAUUGCAUGCAGAGGGUCCAUGGAAACUAUCUAGAAAUGCUGCCUACCUUUCUAAUUCUACUCUUUUGUGGAGGACUAGCUCAUCCGCUAAAUUGUGCCAUUGCUGGGGUAGUGUACUUACUUGGAAGAUUGGUCUACUCAAUAGGAUACAGCAGUGGAAAUCCCAACGGAAGACUUUUUGGGCUUUUCUACUACUUUGGUCUCAUCUAUCUUCUUUACAGUUCAUUAGAAUUGGCGGUGAGACUUCUUCGGUGGAUCUGAGAUAGAGAGAGAGAGAGAGAGAAAUUAGUGUUACUUGCUAUGUAUAUUUUUCGUUUCAAUAAAUAUAAUUUAUUUUUA